AUGUCGCAUCCAUCAGGAUCGAACGAGGCCUCGCCUCUCCUUGGCGAUAACCGUAGAACUUCUGUCACUCCAGACCAAGGUCCCUCACAGGAAGAUCCCGAAACAAUGAACGCGCGGUUAAUCUUCAAGAUCGCAGCAGCAAUGUACUCGUUCGCCACACUUGGGCUGUUCAACUCAUCUAUUGGUGCUGUCCUCCCUUUGCUAUCGCAACACUACAAUCUCAGCGACAUCCAAGUCUCUUCUAUAUUUCUGGCAGGUCCCGUUGGAUACGUAUUCGCCGCACAAUUCAGUGAUGCAGUGCACUACCGGUUUGGGCAGCGGGGUAUCGCUUUUGCGGGGCCCAUCCUGCAAGUCCUUGCUACUGCGACUGUAGCAGCGCAUCCGGGGUUCGGGUUGAUACUGGUGGCGUUUGCGUUUCAAGGACUAGGGACUGGAUUGCUGGAUGGGAGCUGGUGUGCAUGGGCGGGGAGCAUGAAGAAGGCGAAUACGAUUUCUGGGCUGUUGCAUGGGAGUUUUUCUGUUGGUGCGGCAUUGGGGCCUCUGCUUUUGACUAUGUUGACUGCGAAACAUCGGCAUUGGUGGACUUGGUAUUCGAUUCUAGCUGGAGCAUGCGCGUUGUCAUUUAUAGUCCAGGUCGCUGCUUUCCGACAUGAGAGCGCAUCUGUCUACCGCCAGAGCAAGCAGUCAAAGAUUUCUGACUCCAGGAUUGACCUUAGGGAAAUCUUCAAGCACCCAGCUACCUGGCUCUGCGCAGCCUUCUUUCUCACCUACGUUGGCGUAGAAACCUCCAUCUCUGGGUGGGUGGUCUCAUUUAUGCUCCGUGAGCGACAUGCGAGUGACUAUAUAGCUGGUCUCUCUUCCUCGGGCUACUGGAUCGGUAUGGCUAUUGGGCGUUUAGUGCUGGGAUUCGCCACGGAUAGGAUGGGCGUACGGCCUGCGACCACCCUUUACUUCCUCUUCGCUAUUGUUUUCGAGGCUCUGUUUGCAGCUUUCUCAUCUUUGGAGGCCUCCGUAAUCUUCAUGACGGCCACAGGUUUCGUCCAUGGUCCACUUUUCCCGUCUGGGGUUGUGGUGUUGACGAGACUGUUGCCGGCAGAGCUACAUGUCGCAGCUGUCUCUUUUGUUGCAUCUCUAGGUCAAAUUGGAGGCGCAGUUUUGCCCUUUGCCAUUGGUGCCGUGGUGCAAGGUCUGGGUAUUGGAGUUUUUCGAUUCGCAAUUGUCGUUGAGACAUUGCUGGCAUUGUUAUUAUGGCUUGCCUUUGCGAGGCUUCGUCCGGCGCUCCUUCCCAUAUCUGCAGCACACACCCAGGACUGA